UGGCUGCUGAGAUAGAGGAACUUGUACAAGCUGUGAGGUUCAUCUUACUUCCUGUUAAGCAAGCAAGGGAAAAGAAAUAGACCGCCCUUUGUUGAAUGAACUAGUUUUCAAGUGCCAUGUCAGCUUCAAAGCGUUCAGACUCUGCUUUCACAAUUAUUUUCACUCCAGGGACUCAUCUAAGAACAGCUGCAUGUAGCUCAGUUCAUGCCUGUUUUGAAACAUUAUGACAACAGAAGUGAGUGACUGGACACUUUAUCUAACAUUACAGGAAAUUGCCUCUUCAGGAAACAUCCAUUUACAUUUUGAGGUGACACUCCACUGCUUUAAUAUAUCACACAAAGUUUUCAACUCAUUCAGCGUCAGACAGAAUGGAAGGUGCUCAUGACAACAAAAGGUCACCGGCUGCAAAUUACGAGUAUAAAGUGGAGCAGCGUGCCGUGAAGCACCGAGAAAUAAGCCAUCGCAAUAACACAACAUCAUGUCGCAGUCCCACAAGAGAUGUGGACACAAGGUGGAUUAAAAAUGAACUGCAUCGCAAAAGACAGUUUGAGUUCUUCAAAAGAAGACCAGUGGACCAUGGCACAUACGCACUGUUAUCUGCAGUGCCAAGGCACAGAUACUCAAGGGAAACCCGGCAUUCACCAGAGCAUAUGACGCAAACCUUAACGUCAAUCAGACGGCCCUUGAUAACAAGUCCAAACGUAAAGCUCCAGAGAGAUGGCAUAAACUUUGCAAAGCAGACAGUCUCCACAUCUUCAAUAAAUGAUGAAAAUGAUUCUGGGCUGAAAUCUGAUGGAUGGGAUGUACCAGUCCUCAAUUCUGCUCGUCUUCAGAAGAAAUUAAAAAAGGAGCGAGUUCUCCUUAAAGACAUCACUCAGCUCUCAAACACCCAGAAAACAUUACAGACUGCCAGCAUUCAGACAGAGUCUGGGUUUGUUACGGUCAAAGAAGCGGAUGUCCACCAGUUGUCCGUUUAUUUAGAGGAGGCCUUACAUAGAGAAGAAACUCUUAAAAAGAAGCUCUCCAGCCUCCAGAAGAGCGCCUCUACAUUACUGCACUCUACAGAGCUCCUGUGGAAGACACGCUGUGAUGAGGACUUGCUGAAGAGUAAGAUCAAAGCUCUGGAGGCACAGCUGCAGGUGUGCAUCAAGAAGGUUCCUCAGGAUGGAGUGAAAAAAGUGGUGCUAAAGAUGGAAAAACAGAGGGAGGAGUAUGAACAAAAAGCUCUGAAGGCUAUUCAGAGGGCGGAGAAUGAGAAAGCGGAAGCUCAGAGCAAGAUGGAGUACCUCCAGGGGGCGCUGCAGUCAGCGCAGGCAGAGUCAGAGUGGUGGCAGAGGCUGUGUGAGGAGCUGAAAGAAGGUUCGAGUCAGCUGAAGAAGAGGCAGGAUGAGUGCACCGAUCAGAUGCUACAGUUGCAGGGCCACUUGGAGCACUCUGUGGGACAGGAGGAGAUGCUGAGGAAACAGACCGAAUCUCUUCAGCAAGAGAGAGCAGAGCUUCAUUCCUGCAUCUCGGAGCUGGAGGAGGAGAACCUCAACCUGAGAGAAUAUCUACAGGAACUCACAGGACACAACCAUGGGAUGUGGAACAGUAACACACAAAUACAUGAAAAUGUUUCAGUGUUGGACCAACUCCUUCGGACAGAUAACAGCAUAGCAAGACAACUGAGAGACACAGAACAUAGACUCAAAAUGAAAGAAAAAGAGUACAUGGAGCUGCAGGCGGAUCUUGAGGCCCUGGAGCAGGAGUGUUACGGCUAUCAGUCCCGACUGACCCAAUGCAGAGAAGAACUGAACAUGGUGACGACGCGCCAGCACCACAGCAGGAGUGGAUGUUGUGGGUCCUGGCUCUGUAUAUGUCUGUUCUUACUGCUCAUGAUGGUCGUGGUGGUGGCAGCCCUGUGGUUGUAUCAUCCGCCUGCUAGAGAGCAGCUCCGCCAGUUUUACUCUGUUCUGGAACAGCGAAUGGAGGACUACCUCAUUCAGAUGGCUUCAGGCCAACAUGGAGUCUGCUUUAGACCUGUGUGACAAGCAAGAGUAAAGCCAAGAGUCUUCUAGAGAUUUUUUGUUUAUAUUUAUUUCUUUAUUCCACACUUCUAAUUAAUUUUGUACAAGUACUUAGUCAUGUAUAAUGUCUCUAUUAUUUUGUUUACAAUUUUUAUGGUUGUAAAUAUUGGCGUCAUGCUACAAAACAAAAGUGUUAUAAUGAGUUACAAUGCCUAAAUCUGUAUCCCAUAUAUAGAUUGUACCAUUUUUUACUCUAUUACAAUUCAAAAACUGCACAUUCAAAUGUUCACUAUGUAUGACUGAGAAUUGCAUUUUUUUUUGUGUGACAUCUAUUAAACAACAUGCUAUUUGUA